AUGAGCCACCAGCAGACUCAGUUGAAACUAUUAGAGAAUGGGCUGAUGAGCGCUCUAAUGGGAAAUGAUGAGCCACUAGCAGACUCAGUGGAAACUAUUAGAGAAUGGGCUGAUGAGCGCUCUAAUGGGAAGUUGGAUAUAGAUGAUGAGCCACCGGCAGACUCAGUAGAAGCUAUUAGAGAAUGGGCUGAUGAGCGCUCUAAUGGGAAGUUAGAUAUAGAUGAUGAGCCACCGGCAGACUCAGUAGAAACUAUUGGAAAAUGGGCUGAUGAGCGCUCUAAUGGGAUGUUGGAUAUAGAUGAUGAGCCACCACCAGACUCAGUAGGAACUAUUAGAGAAUGGGCUGAUGAGCGCUCUAAUGGGAUGUUGGAUAUAGAUGAUGACCCACCGGCAGACUCAUUGGAUAUAGAUGAUGAGCCACCACCAGGCUCAGUAGAAACUAUUAGAGAUUGGGCUGAUGAGCGCUCUAAUAAGAAGUUGGAUAUAGAUGAUGAACCACCAGCAGACUCAGUAGAAACUAUUAGUAAAUGGAUUGAUGAGCGCUCUAAUGAGAAGUUGGAUAUCGAUAAUGAGCCACCGGCAGACUCAUUGGAUAUAGAUGAUGAUCCACCAGCAGACUCAGUAGAAACUAUUAGAGAAUGGGCCGAUGAGCGCUCUAAUGAGAAGUUGGAUAUAGAUGAUGAGCCACCAGCAGACAAAGUAGAAACUAUUAGAGAAUGGGCUGAUGAGCGCUCUAAUGGGAAGUUGGAUAUGGAUGAUGAGCCACCGGCAGGCUCAGUAGAUACUAUUAGAGAAUGUGCUGAUGAGUGCUCUAAUGAGAAGUUGGAUAUUGAUGAUGAGCCACCACCAGACUCAGUAGAAACUAUUAGAGAAUGGGCUGAUGAGCGCUCUAAUGGGAACUUGGAUAUAGAUGAUGAGCCACCGGCCGACUCAGUAGAAACUAUUAGAGAAUGGGCUGAUGAGCGCUCUAAUGGGAAGUUGGAUAUAGAUGAUGAGCCACCGACAGAAUCAGUAGAAACUAUUAGAGCAUGGGCUGAUGAGCUCUCUAAUGAGAAGUUGGAUAUGGAUGAUGAGCCACCACCAGACUCAGGAGAAACUAUUAGAGAAUGGGCUGAUGAGCGCUCUAAUGAGAAGUUGGAUAUAGAUGAUGAGCCACCACGAGACUCAGUAGAAAAUAUUAGAUUUUUGCUGAUGAGCGCUCUAAUGGGAUAUUAUGAGCCACCUCCAGACUCAGUAGAAACUAUUAGAGAAUGUGCUGAUGAGCGCUCUAAUGGGAAGUUGGAUAUAGGUGAUGAGCCACCGGCAGACUCAGUAGAAACUAUUGGAGAAUGGGCUGAUGAGCGCUCUAAUGGGAUGUUGGAUAUUGAUGAUGAGCCACCGGCAGGCUCAGUAGAAACAAUUACAGAAUGGGCUGAUGAGCGCUCUAAUGGGAAGUUGGUUAUAGAUGAUGAGCCACUGGCAGACUCAGCAGAAACUAUUAGCGAAUGGGCUGAUGAGCGCUCUAAUGAGAAAUUGGAUAUAGAUGAUGAGCCACCACCAGACUCAGUAGAAACUAUUAGAGAAUGGGCUGAUGAGCGCUCUAAUGAGAAGUUGGAUAUAGAUGAUGAGCCACCAGCAGACUCAGUAGAAACUAUUAGAGAAUGGGCUGAUGAGUGCUCUAAUGAGAAGUUGGAUAUAGAUGAUGAGCCACCAGCAGACUCAGUAGAAACUAUUAGAGAAAGGGCUGAUGAGCACUCUAAUGAGAAGUUGGAUAUAGAUGAUGAUCCGUCAGCAGACUCAGUAGAAACUAUUAGAGAUUUGGCUGAUGAGCGCUCUAAUGGGAAGUUGGAUAUAGAUGAUGAGCCACUGACAGAAUCAGUAGAAACUAUUAGAGAAUGGGCUGAUGAGCGCUCUAAUGAGAAGUUAGAUAUAGAUGAUGAGCGACCAGCAGACUCACGCUCUAAUGGGAAGUUAGAUAUAGAUGAUGAGCCACCGGCAGACUCAGUAGAAACUAUUAGAGAAUGGGCUGAUGAGCGCUCUAAAUGGAAGUUGGAUAUAGAUGAGGAGCCACCAGCAGACUCAGUAGAAACUAUUAGAGAAUGGGCUGAUGAGCGCUCUAAUGGGAAGUUGGAUAUAGAUGAUGAGCCACCGGCAGACUCAGUAGAAACUAUUAGACAAUGGGCUGAUGAGCGCUCUAAAUGGAAGUUGGAUAUAGAUGAUGAGCCACCAGCAGACUCAGUAGAAGCUAUUAGAGAAUGGGCUGAUGAUCGCUCUAAUGGGAUGUUGGAUAUAGAUGAUGAACCACCAGCAGACUCCUUAGAAACUAUUAGAGAAUGGGCUGAUGAGCGCUCUAAUGGGAAGUUGGAUAUAGAUGAUGAGCCACUGGCAGACUCAGUAGAAACUAUUAGAGAAUGGGCUGAUGAGCGCUCUAAUGGGAAGUUGGAUAUAGAUAAUUAG